UAGAAUUUCCAAAAUUAAGGGAUCUUCUGUAAUUUCUUAUUAAUGUUUUCUUUCCAUACCAACUUGCAUUCAAAUGAACUUUAUGAUGUCAAUCCAGACUUGACAAUUGGUGCCCUGAUGGCAUUUCAAGACAUAAAAUUACUACUGCUGAAGUGUUGUUGUGCAAGUGCACAGACCGCAGCCAUUCCAACAAAGGUGUCCCAAGCAGAAAAGGUCAACGCCUUCAACAUUCUGAUGAGCGGUGCUAAGGUUCCUCCAGUAAAAAAAGCUGUCUGCCAGAACAGAAAAGACGAAAUGUACAACAAUGUUGUGGAUAUGUUUGUCCAGAGAAACCUGAAAUUACACAGGAGUAUUGUAGCUUAUGAAGGUGUCUAUGCUGUACAGGUAGUUACAAACGCUUUAUGGUAUUUGACGAACCAUCACACCACCAUCAAUGAUGCAGCUUUGCGUUUCAAGGAUGUUUCCUCAAUACCGGCAGAUUUUGAUGGUUUCCAAGGUUACAAUGAAAUCAAGAGAAAGAAACUGAAAUCGCAGCCAUUGCAACAGAUCCAGUUGAAUAGUCAUGCAGAGGCUAUUUUCAGCUUACUCAGUCGUCCAGUUUUUGAUAGCCAGUUCAUGCCAGACCUUAUGGUAAAAAGUCAUAGACUGAGAUAAAAGGUGUGCUAUUGAAACAAAAAAAAUUGUUUAGUAUAUAAACAGUAAAUAUGUUGUUUUUACUGGCAUACUGAUAAUUCCAUAUGUUCAUGGUUUGUUUUUUAAGAUGCUGUUCUGAUUUUUAUUAAUCAUUACCAAAUUAUUUAAAAAAAGUAUUGGUCACCAUGGAUGGUCUGGCAUGAACAGGUUUCAGUCCAUUUUCAACUUGAGACUUUAAAAUACAAUGUCAACUGACCAGGCUUUUUUCUGUGUGUUUUAUAUAGUCAUUGUCUUCUAGUCAAUUCUUCUAGUCAGAAUAUUUUAAAGUUUUUAAAGAAUAAACUUGUUGUUAAAAUA